CGCAAUUUAAUAAACAUAACUUUAAUUUAACAUGUAAUGUCGUAACUUUUAUAAAUAAUUAUGUGUUUAGCUUUAUUUCGUAAUCUUCACUUACGUUCGAGUAUCAACAUAUUUGAAACUAAUCGAGUUUUAACAAAGUUUAUAGGUACUACAAGUACUGCAUUAGAUGUACAUAAAACUCCAUUAUAUAAAAAUGAGAAAGCGAAGAAGAUUAACCGCUAUUUGUUCUCGAAAUACUUCGAUUAUGUGAAACAAUAUGAACAGGUAGUGGAAAAACGAUUUCCAGGAGCUGUAAAAGCAUAUCGUUUCUUUAUGCUUGGUGUCAAAGAUUUUUAUGCAGACAUGAAAGAAUAUUUGAGGAUAGUACUUAAUAUCACAGGAUCUGAAAAAACUAUAGCUGAUUUAUCUCGUAAAGAAUUAGAAACUUAUUUUUUCAUGCCGAGAGAAAUGUGGAAGGCAGCUCCUGUUCUUUUGCUGUCAGCCUUACCUUUUGCUUUAUAUAUAGUUCUUCCUGUGGCUUAUUACUUUCCUGGUUACUUAUUAACACAUCAUUUUUGGACAAAUGAGCAAAAGUUGAAAUUCCGUGCUGAAAAAUUAAAAAAGCGUUUGAAACACAAUCGACCCGUGUUUAGAUCUCUGCAGGCAGAGUUAAAUAAGAUCCAUGCCUCUGCAUCAUAUAAUGAGUGGAAAGGCGUAUUAGGAAUGUUAGGAAGUGGGGUGCAUCCUUCACCUAAAGAUGUCUUAAUAUGUGCAGAUAUUUUUAUGAGUGGACCCUAUAAUAUAAAUAAAAUUAAUGUAAAUCAUGUGAGUCAUCUUCUUAGUGCUCAUAACUUGAAGUCUCUACUCUUUCGUCGUUCACGCCUGAUAGAUCAUGCCUGGCUUAUAAUCUUAAUGGAUAGAGCAAUUAUACGUGAAGGAGGUUUAGCAAAAUUAUCUGACGAGGAACUCAGAAUGUGUUGCUUUAUUAGAGGAUUGGAAGCUUCACAAUUAUCGAGACAAGCCAUGACGGAAUGGCUUGGACAGUGGCUUAUGGUUUCUAGUCAUUUAUCAAAUAAAACAAGUGCCAGUAUUAUUUUGCAUGCACCAAUACUUUUAGGUUAUAAUCAUCCAGCAAAUUGGGCAGCUUUAUAUGAACAAACUAAAUGAAAUUAUGAAGUGCUGUGUUUAUGUAAUAUUCUAUAGUUUUUUUGUGAUAAAACAAUUGUUAAACAA